CGAGGCUCUCCUGGCCUCCCUCACCAAGUUGACCCAGACCCGGAGGGAAGUUGCUGCAGCCGGCCCUCCUGUCCCCUAGCCAGGUUCACAGUGUCUCCUAGCAUGACCCUGAUCUGAUCAGUGACCACAAGAAUUGGCUUCUGUCUUUGGCAUUGUAGUACUGGGGCCUGAUCACCACCUACCGCUGCAGAGCUGUCAUGGCUGCUGCCUCUACUUCCACCCCUCUGAUUUCACAGCCCCAGUUCACAGCCAUGAAUCAACCACAGUGCUUCUACAAUGAGUCUAUCGCCUUCUUCUAUAACCGGAGUGGAAAGUAUCUUGCCACAGAAUGGAACACGGUCAGCAAGCUGGUGAUGGGACUUGGGAUCACAGUUUGUAUCUUCAUCAUGUUGGCCAACCUACUGGUCAUGGUGGCAAUAUACGUCAACCGUCGCUUCCAUUUUCCUAUUUAUUACUUAAUGGCCAAUUUGGCUGCUGCAGACUUCUUUGCUGGGUUGGCCUACUUCUAUCUAAUGUUCAACACAGGCCCCAAUACUCGGAGACUGACCGUUAGCACAUGGCUCCUCCGUCAGGGCCUCAUUGACACCAGCCUGACAGCAUCUGUAGCCAACUUACUGGCUAUUGCAAUCGAGAGGCACAUUACGGUUUUCCGAAUGCAGCUCCAUACAAGGAUGAGCAAUCGGCGGGUGGUGGUGGUCAUUGUGGUCAUCUGGACUAUGGCCAUUGUUAUGGGUGCUAUACCCAGUGUGGGCUGGAACUGCAUCUGUGAUAUUGAUAAUUGUUCCAACAUGGCACCCCUCUACAGUGACUCUUAUUUAGUCUUCUGGGCCAUUUUCAAUUUGGUGACCUUUGUAGUAAUGGUGGUUCUCUAUGCUCACAUCUUUGGCUACGUUCGCCAGAGGACUAUGAGAAUGUCUCGGCACAGUUCUGGACCCCGUCGGAAUCGGGACACUAUGAUGAGUCUUCUGAAGACUGUGGUCAUUGUGCUUGGUGCCUUCAUCAUCUGCUGGACUCCGGGAUUGGUCUUGUUACUGCUAGAUGUGUGUUGUCCACAGUGCGACGUUCUGGCUUAUGAGAAAUUUUUCCUCCUCCUUGCCGAAUUCAACUCUGCCAUGAACCCCAUUAUCUACUCCUACCGGGACAAGGAGAUGAGUGCCACCUUCAGACAGAUCCUCUGUUGUCAGCGCAAUGAGAACACCAACGGCCCCACGGAAGGCUCAGACCGCUCGGCUUCCUCCCUCAACCACACCAUCUUGGCUGGAGUUCACAGCAAUGACCACUCAGUGGUUUAGAAAGGAAACUAAGAUGCAAAGCCAGCUGUCCUCUAUGGAGAGAUGAACGGCCUCCCCACACCCGAUUGCCAGGCAGGGUGGGGAGUGAGAGAGGAGGGAAAGAAACUCUGGUACUUAAACACUAACUAAUGGCAGUAUUUGUUUCUAGACCCCAGGAGACUUGAUGUAUAUUGAAAAUUAGUUUAUGUGACAACCCUCAUCCUGACCCCAUUCCUUUUGAAGGUAGAAAGUAGAGUUCCUGCAAUGGAAUUGAGAAAUGGACUCUGGAGUGUCCAUUCAGACRACACUAACUAGACUUGAAAAGAUUCUGUGUGGUUUGGUGCAAGUCAGAAUAAAUUCUGACAAAUUGAAUCCACAACUUCAUUUACAUACAGCCUUCCCUUUUUUAUUUUUCAAGAUGCAUUUCAUUUAAUAAACACAUUUAUGUCUAUCAGCAUGUUUGUGAUGGAUAAGACUAUWGUCUAUUAAACUACCAUAAUUUCAUUUUUUUCCUAUGUAGGAAAAUUGUAAAUUAGAAUUAUUAUUUUUUAUUUAGAAAGCAUGCAUGUAAUGUAUGUAUGCAGUAUGCUUUACUUAAAAAGAUAAAAGAAUACUAAUUUUAAAUCUUCUAGGAAAUAGAAGAACCUAGUUGUCAAAACCAGUAUUUGUUUAGACUAUGAAAGAAACAAUGUUCUAAUCACAAUAUUACGUUUUUAUUAAAGUGUUGUGACAAGUAUAAAACAGGGAAUAUCAGUUUAUUGCCAAAAGAAUAUGUACUCUAAAGUCAUAGAAGAUGAAGCACAAUAAUUUUUUUCUGCAUAUUUAAAAUAUACAAGUACAUUCUUAUUGCCAGUACAUCAGAGGAAAUUUUUAAUAGCCCAUUUUUUCUGAGAUAAAAUAAUACAUAAUUGUUGUAGAAAACUUGAAAAUUGCAUAAAUGUAUAAAAAAGGAAAAAAAUGAUUACCAAUAAUAUCACAAUCCAGAAGUAACAUUCUUUAACAGUUCUCCCACUUAUGCCUAUGURUAUAUUGUAUACUUUUUUAUGUAACUGGGAUUGUACUGUAAACAGAUUUAAAACUAGCUUUUUAAAUUGCAGAAUUGCCAGAUUUUACUAUGGCAUUAAAAUUUUUA